GCGGGCAUCCAAAACCAAUGGCGGCCGCACCCACCGCCUUUUUGUGCUCUCAGUUUUUCAAUUCCUUCUUCUUCUUCUUCUCCUCCAUUCCUCCUCCCCAAGCAAUCCAAAAACGCAGUUCCCAUUUAAAUCCCAACCCAGAAAACAAAAUCCAAAGCCACCAAAUCCCCCAAAUCCUGAUUUCUACGAACCCCUUCUUCCCACCUCUCUCAAAUUCUCAGAAACUCCCAUUGUUUCUUUCUGGGUUUUUCUUCUAGUUCUUGAAUCUCAAAAGUUUACACGAAAUCUCUGCUAAAAUCAUAUCCCAAAACUUCACAGAAAUGUAUUCGUUUUGGUACUUUUUGGUUGUUUGGUUUGUUUAGUUUGUUUGCCUUCUUGGCGUUCUGAAAAAUCUGCCGACUCCUCUAAUUUCAUUCCAUCUUUGGUUUUGGAUCCGAUUCUUUUGAUCCAACGCUUUCUGGGUCCGAUCGGAAUCCAAUGCUUAUCCGAUUCGUUAUUCUUUUUGCUCAACCCCCACGAAGUCCGAUUCGUUAUUCUUUUUGCUCAACCCCCACGAAAGUCAUAUACAUGAACACAUUUUAGAUUUUAAUUAGAUUCUGUUUUGUUUUCUUCAGAUUGUAAAAAUCACAGUAGGUUUUAAUUUAGUUGUUGUGAUUUUCUUCUGGGUUUUGAUUGCAAUGGAGUACAGAAAUGAUUAUCCAAAUCUUUCCUCCGGAAAUUCAUCGGAAGAUGAACGGAGCGACCAGUUCUCCGAUUCGGGAAAUUCAUCGGAAGACGACUCUGCCUCAGAGACCGUCCAUUCGUCGAUCUCCGACUCCGAAAGCGUCGCCGAUUCGGGUUCUUCGAGUUCCGGUAAUCAAUCCCGGCCGUUCGGUGAUGGGUUGGUCCCGCUUUUCGACGGGGACAGAGUUCACGACCUCAUCAAGCAGCGGUUCCUUUCGAGUUUGGGAUUGCUUGGGGCGCAAGCAAGUGUGGUGGCGGUUCACAGGAACUCCUACUCGAGCCUUGUUGGCCAAGCAAGGCUGCGUUCCUUUCAAAUUUACUUGAAAGCCGUGGAGGAGAAGUGCGGGGGAAAUCCCAACGUGAAGUACGCUUGGUUCGCGCCUUCUUCGAAAGACGAGAUUUCGAAGAUCAUCUGCCAUGGUUUCGGCAACUUUGAGCAGCCUCAGACAAAUGGGGCGUUCGGAAACGGUGUUUAUCUUGCUCCUGAUGAUUCUCCUCUGCAACUCGUCGAAAGCUUGAACGUUGACGAAGACGGUCUACGACAUCUCCUGCUCUGCCGUGUGAUACUGGGGAGGCCGGAGGUUGUGUGUCCCGGUUCUAAACAGCAUCAUCCGAGCUCCGAACAGUUUGAUUCUGGCAUCGACAGCAUCUUUGCUCCCAAGAAGUACAUAGUUUGGAGUACGCACAUGAACACUCACAUCCUGCCGGAGUAUGUCAUCAGCUUCAGAGCUCCUAAUUGCUUGAAAGAACUUUUGAAGGUUCAAGAACCAGUUAAGAAACCGACUUCGCCGUGGAUGCCGUUUCCGGCGCUAAUCGGCGUGCUUUCGAAGUUCUUGCCUCCACCUUCCAUUGCCUUGAUCAGCAAGCAUUACAAAGAUCACAGAGAGAAUGUGAUUACAAGGCAGCAACUAAUACAAAAAGUGAGACAAAUUGCAGGGGACAAGUUACUGGCUUCAAUUAUCAAAUCUUUCAGAGCCAAGCAAAUCAAAACAAUGCAAACUAAAGCGAUGCCCCCAGCGGAGGCAGGAGUAAGAUGGACGGUGUAGAUUCACCAGUUUUCCUUCGAUGAUGACGAUGAUGAGAGAGUGAACAGUAGGGACUAAUACGGUGCGGAUCAAAUUGACAAAAUAUACCCACAAGUGAGGGGAUCCAUUAGAGAUUCGUUAAGGGCUUGUCUGUAAUUUCACUGAGUUUAGGGUUCUUACUUAAAGUCGAUACUCCUUUAUACCUAAUGUUCUUCUCUUUUUUUUUUCUUUUUUUUUUCUUCUAAUUUUCUGCUAAUCAUACAACGGAUCUUGUACUGGUUCGAAACUUCGAAUGGUAUUGUCCAGAAUUAAGGGCUGAGAUUUCAGGAUUAUAUUCGUGCCUUUGAUAACAUU